ACUGUCUGGAGUGAUACUUUCUAGAUUUAUAACACAUCCUAACUGAACGCAGAAAGAACCAGUUCUGACAGCCAGACAUCAUGACUUCUGCUACCAUACUGCUCUGUAUGUUAUCGGCUGUGCUAUCCACAGGUGAGGUUUUCUAUUCAUAUCAUGAUAAAAUUAGGGCAGCUAUUUGACACAUUGGCCUUGAUUUAAUAUGUUUGGAUGGACUUUCCAAAUAAUUUUUCUACAGAAGUCACCAUUAACGUCUAUGAGAUAUUUUGUAGACAAUCAUUUGAAAAGCGUAUUCAAAAACAUCAAAUCAAGGCCAGUGUGUAAUUUUAAUUUAUAUUGCCUAACCUUUACCUCCUAAAUAUUCUGUUCAAUAUGUUGGAGUUGAUUCAAACUGUGCUUUGCAGCUCUCCAUGUCACAGGAGCUUCAUCACUGGCUCUAUUUAAACUCUAAACAGAAGUCCCAAGAGCAUGGGUGUCCCUCAUAUGAGCAAAUAUUAGGUUGGUACGGCGUAGGACGUGACAAAAAUAGGAUAUUUUGUACAGAGUGACAGACAUAUGUCAUGUUUGUAUCAGGGUGUGUUAGGAACUCAGAGAGGAACCUUUGUACAAGGGUUAUCUAACACGCAGUCAACAAUAUCAUACCUAUUUAGGAGGGAAGUACCUAUAUUGGGUCUAAAUCCCUCUGUCCUUCUUUACUAUCGUACUGUUGUACGAGCUCCGUAUUGUGGGUGUGCCUGAGUAUAUAAAAGGGCUCCACAGUAAUAAUAUUCACAGUAAUGUGUCUUCAAUAAUCUUCAAUAAAUAUUUUAAAAAUCAGUAUGCGUUAUAAAGAUACAUUAUAUUGACAAACCCCCACUCAAACCUCUAAAAUUAAAUUGUCCACUUUUGUCCAUUUUAAAUGUUGAGAGGUAUUAAGCCAAACAAAAAAAUCCCAAUGCACAUUUAAAUAACUGGAGGUUUACUCCAAUGACCAUUGAAGUGUAAGCCCACCUGCCAUUUCAAGGCAAAACAUCUCAGGUGAGUCCUACAAACCUUGUGUACAAACACACCAAAUUAAGCCCUGCGCUCAAACUCCCACUAUUCCAGCAGUGACUAUGGUACACAUAUGAAAUAACUGAGGGGGUUUUAGUAUCACUCCAAUGGCCCUAAAAAGUGUUAGCUCAACUUCCACGUCAAGGUGGCCAUUGGAGUAAUACUAAAAACCUUGAGUUAUUUAAAUGUGCAGCGGGAUUUGGGAUAGUGUGCAUGUGACUUUUUUUUAUUUUGUUUUAUGUAAAAUGGCUCUCUGAAUGGCAGAGUACAACGUAGGACAUUUAUAAGGUACAGACAUGACAAUUUUAUAAAAUAAGAUAUAAGGUACAAUCUGUCAGCUCCUAAAGCACUUCAGCAGAGUUAAGAGCAUUACAUGUUAAGAGUGUUUCUGUAAACUGAUUAUGAAAAGCACAUUUUAGUGAUAGUGCCACAUUAAGAUAAAACAUUUCUCCAUCACAUAUAUCAUAUUAACUUGACAGUUGAGGGCUGGAUGUAGCAAUUUUCAUAAAGAUUUCAGAUAUAAGAAGAUUAAACCCUCAGAGAUCCAGUCUGAAUAUAUAUUAUAUUUUUUUGCCGUGGACUAAACAUGUCAUCCACUUUAAUUGAAUCCAUGUCUACCCAAAAGUGUUCCAUUCCUAUUUUACGUAAUAUUUAUAAUGUCUAGACUAAAAAAAUUUUUUAUUUUUUUUUACAUAUGAACAAUGAUAAUGUCAUGUGAACCACUUAAAAAUGUUUUAUUUAGUUUGUGGUGAUGAAUGCGUUGUUUGCUUGAACCGAAAUGGAGACACCUGUGAAGAGGAAGAUAUCCAAGAAUGUGGAGCUGCAGGCUGUGUAACCAUCUCUGAGAGCUGUAAUGUCGGUAAGUGCAAAUUCUCACUAAGAUAUAUGGACAUGCAGGUUGUUUGACUAUGCAAAAAAUAAACUGUACUCAUGGAUGGCAAGAGUAUUUACCUGCAGUAUGAUAUAAUAAAAGAACACUCAUCGUCAAUGUGCAUUAUUAUGUGUAUGAUGUGAGGUUCUGUGCAGUGAUAUGCAUUGUGUAUCAGUGCAUAACAGAGUUUCACAGAAAUAAAACUCACUAAAAAGUAUAUUUGGUGAUGUAUUUGUGUGGAGUCACUCUGUGAGUGAAUGAAAUGGUUUAUGUUUGUGAAGUGUCACUGUGUGUGAAUAAAGGGGUGCAUUUGUAUGGAAUGUGAUUGUGUGUAUACGUAGGUGUAUAUUUAUGUUUACUCUUACUGUGUGUGUGAAUGUUUGCGUGUAUUUGCAAGGAACAUCAGAGUGUUUGUGAAUGCUAAAUAUAUAUAUAUAUAUAUAUAUAUUCCAUAGACUAAUAAGAUUACUCAUUAAAAUGGCAGAUAAUGUGCAUCCAGUUAACAUUUAUCAACAUUUUUUUGCACACACCACUGACCUGUUUAUAGGGAUGAAUUUUGUCUGACAUUAAAUCCAGACGAAAUUUGGAAAAAAACCAAACAAGUUUACUGUUUCUGGUCAAUAGAAUUAAAUCACAACCAUAUUGUCUUCGAAGAUAUUUUAGCUUUAUGAGAUACUUAAAACUGUUAAGUUAUCACAUUUGGGUUUUCCUCAUAAGCAAGUGCUUCCUAAAGAGAUAUAUUGAACUGUUUCUAUUGUAUUUUAAUGAUAAAGACUCUUUGAGAUUUCUGUAGUUUGAUGUCCUGAACACCCGUAAGCAGCUGAUUCCUUUAAAGCUACAUCCAUGACAUCAUAUUGCUCAUUUACAUACAGUCAUGGGAAAAAGAAAGUUCACCCUCUUUUAAUUCUAUGGUUUUACAUAACACGACAUAAUAAUCUUAAAGCAGGUCUUACAAUUUGGUACAUACUACCUCAGAUGAACAACAAAACAAGAUAUAUUACACUGUGUCAUGAUUUAUGUAACAAAAAUAAAGCCAAAAUAUAGAAGCCAUGUGUGAAAAAUAAGUACACCUUAUGAUACAACAGAUUGCAGUACCACCUUUAGAAGUAGUCGCUUCUGUAUGACUAUCAGCCUCUCACAUCUUUGUGGAGACAUUUUGGAAACUCUUCUUUAUAACAUUGCUUCUAUUCAUUGAGGUUUGCUGGCAUUUGUUUAUGCAGAGCUCUCUUAAGGUCCUGCCACAGCAUUUCAGUUGGGUUGAGGGCUGGACUUUGACUGGUAUAUUGUAACACCUUGAUUCUUUUCUUUUUCAGCCAUUCUGUUGUAAAUUUGUGAGGUGCUUGGCAUCAUUGUCCUGUUGCAUGGCUCAAUUUCGGCUAAGCUUUAGCUGUCAGACAAAUGGCUUCAUAUUUGACUCUACAAUACCUUGGUUAUAGAGGAGUUCAUGGUCAACUCAAUGAUUGCAAUGUUCCCAGGUCCUAUGGCUGGAAAACAAGUCCAAAUCCUUACUCUUCCACCACUGUGCUUGGCAGUUGGUAUGAGGUGUUUGUGCUGAUAUGAUGUUUUUGUUUUUUGCCAAACACGGAGCUCUGCAAUCAUGGCCAAACAUCUCCACUUAUGUCUUGUCUGUCCAAAGGACAUUGUUGGAUUUUAUGGAGGUGCUAAAACUUGCUGGUGAUCAAUUAAUCAAUCAAUAGAUUGUAUGCCUGUCAUGUCUAUAUAUCAAAUCUAUUUUCAAAACAGCUUGUCAAUUUUUAUAUCUAUAGAAAACAACCUUGUGAAGUCAAUUGCAAAAGGAUGUGCUGAUGAAACUAGUGUAAGUCAAGUGAUAGGUACCAAUGAUCUCGAUCAAAUAUCGGACUUUGUACAUCUUUGCCAUUGUACAGGAAAUCUAUGUAACAAGGAUACAGUGUUUACAUGUAAGUAUCUUUAAAUAGUCAGCUACUUAUUAUAUAGUUUAAACACAUAAAAAGGGUUUUGUAUACAUCUGUGUAAUGUCAAGUAAAGUAUAUGCCCAAAAGCCCACUAGUGACAACGCUGUGUGUGUGGGAUGAUCAGGGCCGCCAUCAGGGCAUGACAACCGGGCUCAGCGGUCCUGGGGGGCCCGGACUGCUCUGGGAGUCCUGAUCCCAACAUUCCAUAUGUGCACAUAUAGAAAGCGAUUAUCGCUAUCUAUAUGUGCACCUGCGGGCCCUGGCUACCUGUGCAAUGUAGACAGUGGUCAGCCAGCACCAUCUUAACUCUCCAGCAGCUCCUGUGUCUGUAACUCUCGCGAGCUCCGUGGCUGGCAGAGCGUUUUCACGGGUUACCAUGGCAACACUCCGCGCGGCAAACAGGCACAGCUCGCGAAAGUUACAGACACAGGAGCUGCUGGAGAGUUAAGAUGGUGCUGGCUGGCCCCCGUCUACAUUGUACAGCGGCUGACUCUCUCUAUCAGACAGACCACCAGGGAUGCAAUCUCCCCCCUCCCAAGUCAGGUAAGUAGCAGGGAGGGGGGAAUAAAAUAGUGUGAUAAAUAAAUGUGGGUCAUAUACAAAAAAGCUGCACCCCCAUGCAGCCCCUUAUUCUACACAAUUACACACACUAAAACCACAACACAAACACACACUGCUUUCAUCAUACACACACUAAAACCACAACACAAACACACACUGCAUUCACCAUACACACACUAAAACCACAACAUAAACACAUACUGCAUUCACCAUACACACACUAAAAACCACAACACAAACACACACUGCAUUCACCAUACACACACUGAAACUACAACACAUAAUGCAUUCACCAUACACACAAUAAAAUCACAACACAAACACACACUGUAUACACUAUACACACACUAAAACCACAACAUAAACACACACUGCAUUCACCAUACAAACACUAAAACUACAACAUAAACACACACUGCAUUCACCAUACAAACACUAAAACUACAACAUAAACACACACUGCAUUUACCAUACACACACUAAAACCACAGCACAAACACACACACUGCAUACGCUAUACACAAACUAAAACCACAACACAAACACAUACUGCAUUCACCAUACACACACUAAAACUACAACACAAACACACACUGCAUUCACCACACACACACACACACUAAAAAUACAACACAUAACGCAUUUACCAUACACACACUAAAACCACAACACAAACACAUACUGCAUACGUUAUACACACACUAAAACCACAACAUAAACACACACUGCAUUCACCAUACACACACUAAAACCACAACAUAAACACACACUGCAUUCACCAUACACACACUAAAACCACAACACAUACUGCAUUCACCAUACACACACUAAAACCACAACACAAACACACACUGCAUUCACCAUACACACACUAAAACCACAACACAAACACACACUGCAUACGCUAUACACACACAAAAACCACAACAAUAAACACACACUGCAUUCACCAUACACACACUAAAACCACAACACAAACACACACUGCAUACACUAUACACACACUAAAACCACAACACAAAAACACACUGCAUACACUAUACACACACUAAAACCACAACACAAACACACACUGCAUACGCUAUACACACACACUAAAACUACAACAUAAACACACACUGCAUUCACCAUACACAUACUAAAAUCACAACACAAACACACACUGCAUUCACCAUUCAAACACUAAAACUACAACAUAAACACAUACUGCAUUCACCAUACACACACUAAAACCACAACACAAACACACAAACUGCAUACGCUAUACACACACUAAAACCACAACACAAACACACACUGCAUACGCUAUACACACACUAAAACCACAACAUAAACACACACUGCUUUCACCAUACACACACUAAAACCACAACACAUACUGCAUUCACCAUACACACACUAAAACCACAACACAAACACACACUGCAUACACUAUACACACACUAAAACCACAACACAAACACACACUGCAUACGCUAUACACACACUAAAACUACAACAUAAACACACACUGCAUUCACCAUAUACAUACUAAAAUCACAACACAAACACACACUGCAUUCACCAUACAAACACUAAAACUACAACAUAAAACACAUACUGCAUUCACCAUACACACACUAAAACCACAACACAAACUGCAUACGCUAUACACACACUAAAACCACAACACAAACACACACUGUAUUCACCACACACACACACUAAAAAUACAACACAUACUGCAUUCACCAUACACACACUAAAACCACAACACAAACACACACUGCAUACGCUAUAAACACACUAAAACCACAACAUAAACACACACUGCAUUCACCAUACACACACUAAAAAUACAACACAAACACACACACUGCAUUCACCAUACACACACUAAAACCACAACACAAACACACACUGCAUAUGCUAUACACACACUAAAACCACAACAUAAACACACACUGCAUUUACCAUACACACACUAAAACCACAACACAUACUGCAUUCACCAUACACACACUAAAACCACAACACAUACUGCAUUCACCAUACACACACUAAAACCACAACACAAACACACACUGCAUUUACCAUACACACACUAAAACCACAACACAAACACACACUGCAUACACUAUACACACACUAAAAACACAACACAAAAACACACUGCAUACACUAUACACACACUAAAACCACAACACAAACACACACUGCAUACGCUAUACACACUAAAACUACAACACAUACUGCAUUCACCAUUCACACACUAAAACCACAACACAAACUGCAUUCACCAUACACACACUAAAACCACAACACAAACACACACAGAAUUCACCAUACACACACUAAAACCACAACACAAACACACACAGCAUUCACCAUACACACUCUAAAACUACAACACAAACACAUUCUGCAUUCACUACACAAACACACACUUUAUCUAAAACACACAAAACUACAUCCUUUAUACAAAUGUGCACUUUGUAUCCAUUUUACACACCACACAGACAGGGCAUCCUUGUGGGCAGAGUCAGAAUGGGCCCCGUGGGCAAACUCGAGGGCAGGUCCGGGGGGCCCAGACUUUUAACUAUGUCAGGGGCCCCAAAAUUUCUGAUGGCAGCCCUGGGGAUGAUACACGUUGUAGUGCUAGCUACGUCCUAAUGACUAGUAGAACAAUAGUAAAUUUAUAUAUUUUGACCCAUAAUUUUGCCUGAUGUGACAUAUAUCAGAUACAUAAUCUCAGAAUGUCAGUGACAAUAAAUUAACACUCUGGUUGUAAAAAUAAAUGCAUAUUUUUUUGGUCCAAUGUUUUCCUGUGUUCGUUUUGAUUACUUUUCAUAGAGAAGCAUAAAGGACACACAGUCAUUUAAUACUUAUUUCUGCCAGAAGCCUUCUGUCCAACAGCCACUAGUCGGCGAUGGCUUUGCAUAAGAUAAACAGUGCAGUUUCUCAGAAAUGACUCUGUUUUCAAUUGCAAGGCAGCUCUAACUGGAUAAAUUCAUUAUUAGAAUGUCCUUCUAAAGACCUCAAUCAUGCAUUUCAACAGCACUGUUGCUAGGUGGCAAAAUGACCAGGGUCUUCAGUCCAAAAGUAAAUUUUAUGGCCCCAAAUAUGACACCAAAUAAUUACUUUAUUGUACAGCAUUACAAGAAUCUUUAUCUAUAAAUGGCAUAAUUGCUGUAUUAACCCUUAACCCCCUGCCUACAAAUCCUGAAUCCACAGCAAUCUUCCCACCACGUGCUGUAUAAUUAAUUCCAAAUAAUGCAUUUUAAAGUGACACAUCACAAAUUAUAUGUAUAAUAUAUCUCACAGUAUUACAAGGGACUUGGGGCUAACAAUAAAAUGAUGCCAAAACUAGACCCAGACUUUUCAGGACCCCAUUUUAGUUUUCAGCUCCUGUAGACCACUUCCCACCACCUCCCCCAAACACACGUUCGUAUUUCAUUUUUUAUUGUUUUCUCUGAGGACAAAUGAGUAGUUUUGCAUCUAAAAUAUGAUCUGUUUUUAUUUGCAAGGAAAUAAAAUCUCUUUGAAAAGAUGAAGUUCUUGACUGUUUUGGUGCUUAAGUUAUCCCUUUAAAGAUCUUAUAUCUGCAUUUCAGUGAGAUGAAUUCCUGUCUUUUGCAUCUAAAAUAUGAAUAAAUAUUUUUCAGACACUGACCAGACCAGCUUGGGUGAACCAAAUGGAAAGUACUGUGAGUCUUGCUUCAGAGGCAACUCGUCUGAGGAAUGUUCCUCCAGAGAUCGAGUGGCAUGCCAUGGAAAUCAGUUUCAAUGUGUGUCAUAUGUAGGAAAAGCAGAAAGAGGAGGUACUGUAAAUGUCUUAUCAUGAGAAAUAUGAACAUUGUGCAUUUAUUAAAGCGAACGGUGUAAAUACAUUAUUGUUCAUUCUAUAUUCCACACACACCAGACACACAGUCACCCCCACACAACACACGCUGCAUUCUCUGUUCAACCUACAUACAACACACAGAACCUUCACAUGCACACAUCAAACACAACUCACAUACAGCCAUUAGCCCCUCCUGCCCUCCUGCCCUAUCCUCUAUAUCGGGUGGUGGGAGGUGUAUCACUUUGUUUUAAGUCCCUACUCCAAAUUUAAAAGGAAAUCCUAGUUUUUCUUAUGUAUAAGUAAUAAACUAGAAUUUAUUUUUUUUAAAGCAAAAAUUAUAUAUAAAGAAAAAAAGAUUCAUUAAGAAACAGCCUCACCAGUCUGUGUCUCCUCUCUGCGUGGACCUCACUCCAUAAGGCCUAAUAAUCUCUUGCUUUCCCUUUGGUUCUGAGGCCAGGCCUACCUCUCUGUUCUGAUAUUGCAGCUAUCCUCCUACCCUGACUAGGCAUUGACUGCCCCACUCCCCUGGCAUUCUGAAACCUAACCAUAUGUCAGCUAAUCCUACUCCAUUUGAUACAACAUUGUCCCUUUCUAUGCCCAUCAUACUAAUCCUCUCCUGACACCACUCCAUACUAGACACCCCCCCACUAGACACCCCCUUGAUCCUUGCAAGUCUAACCCUCCCUACACAGAUAUAAAAUAUGUCAAAAUACAAUACUACAGCUAACCAUUUGUGAAUGUUUAACACUGAUACUUAGAAUAGUAUUUUUGCACCAGAAUUUCAAUGAUAUAUUAAUUUUCUACGUCUCUAAGGGGUACCUUUAGGACAUAUUUUUGAUGAUAUUAGAUUCAUAUUAUACUCUCUCUUUUGCAGAUCUCAGUAUUGGACAUUACAGUUUCAAAGGAUGUAUUUCCGAUGUAGGAUGCAUUGUGAAGUUUUCAGCCUUGCCAGGAACUCAACAGCUCGUGGAAAAGAUCUUUAGUUGUAGUGCUGCUGACCCAGAACCUUUUGACUGUUUUGGAUGUGAAUAAAAUUACAUUUCAAUGUUUUUUAUGCUUGCCAAGUACUUACUAAAAAACAUAGUUUGAAAUCACUAUAGCAUUCUCAAAGACAAAACAUGUGCAAGAACUGAACAGAAAUCAAACGGUAAAAAAAUAAAUGCAACUUUUUACGCUGUAAAAACAAAUUUAAGGAAUGAGGAACUAUUAAUGGUUUCCUACUUACUCGUUACAUACAAAGAACAAACACCAAAUCGCAACAAAAGAAUGUCCCAG